AUGCCUCAGGGCGGUGGACCGGGGAACUACCAUCACCAAUCCGCUGUUAUUCGCUUCUUCCCUCACCGAGACGGCGUCGUAGACAACAACUGGAACGUGACCUAUUCGGAAAGCUCCUUCGCCGACUGGUCUUACGACAAUCUGUUUGGGGCAGGGGUCAGCUCCCAUAGAACUACGCUGACCGGUGCAUAUGUCGUGAUUGAUUGGGCAGGAACGGCUGUGUGGCUGUAUGGAACGGCGGUGGAGAACUCGUACACUGUUGCGAUAGAUGGGAAUUACGCUGCUCAAGGCCAAGGAGCUACAGACGGAGUGCUGUUCGGCGUGUCUAUUACAGGGGCCAUUAUCACAGUGGGUAUGGGUGAUCCAGGGACUGUCCUUCAUACACGGAAUAUAUCCGCUACCGAAAGCAACGUGUCUUCCAAUACGGCGGUGGGCCUGAACCCGAUCUUCAGCGGCACUCAAAACUGGUCGGCAUUGGACCUCUACACAAAUCAGACCUCUGGCUAUCCAUGUAUCGCCACAAACACCGUAGGUGCAACACUAUCAUUCAACCUCAGCGACUCCGUAGGGUUUGCUAUCUAUGGGAGCGACGACUGGCAGCAGGGGUUGUUUAGUGUAUCCGUAAUCAGCGACGACCCUGGAGCGACAAGCUCCGUGGCCAAGGAUGCAAUUCAGUACAGCUCGAGAUCGCUGUGGUCGCAACUCGACAUGUUGAAGUAUUUGGCCACGGGACUGGACCGAACGGCUACGUACCAGGUUGAGAUCACGAAUCUUGGGGCGGAUGUCAACGUUGGGUCCUUGAAAUUCACAAACGCCGAGCUGCUGCGAAAGUCGGGGCGCAGUUCGACGAUGCUUCAAGUUCCCGCUGCUACAAGUGGACGACACACUGACGAAAACAACGCAGCACCCCUAGUCUCGAGGAACCUCGACGUAUCUGACUUGUAUGAGGAGAUUGGCUCGAGAAUACACGAGCGGGACGCGGGGCCUGCCAUCCACCACCUGUAUAUGACCCUACGUGGGCAGUGGGCAUGUUACAUCCCAACUUGA